AUGGCGAUGAAGAGUGGAGAGAAGAUAACAGCAAGGAGAGCGGAGAGUGUUGACCUUGAUGUCGAUGUCGAUGGCGAUGACGAUGUUGAUGUUGUUGUCGUUGUUGUUCGUUGUUGUUGA